AUGUCCCUCAACGAGAUCCACGGCCGUCUGGCCCUUAUUACCGGCGCGUCAGGAGGAAUUGGCGCUGCCUGUGCAACUCAGCUGGCACAGAAUGGCGUUCACCUAGCCCUCACCUACUCGACCAACCUAGAUGCGAUGAAUGGACUUGUGAAGGAAUUACAGUCCAAGUACGCCGAGAACAAGCUCCGGAUCUCAAUUCACCAGGUCGAUGUAGGAUCCGCCGAGCAGAUUGAGGCCAUGUUCCAGCAGAUUGACAAGGAACAUGGUCAACGACCAGAUAUUCUGGUCUCGAACGCUGGUUACGGCAAGCGCUUCCCCAACGUGUGGGAUAUCACCCUCGAGGAAUUUGACUACACUCUCAACAUCAAUCUCCGCGCGUCGUUCAUCCUCGUGAAGGGCGUAGUCGAGCACAUGAAAGCUCAACGAUGGGGACGCAUUGUAUUCAUGUCCUCGAUCGCUGCCUCCGGAGGCGGCAUCAAUGGAUGCCGUGAGUGUUCCCUUUCCUCCAAUGAUAUAACCAACAGCGUUCGUAACGCCAUUGCUGACAACCGUGAUACUUUAGAUUACGCUGCAUCCAAGGGAGGUCUGACCGGUAUGAUGAAAAACCUCUCAACACGCCUGGCCGAGUUCAACAUUAGCGUCAAUGACGUUGCCCCCGCCAUGAUUGGCGACACCGGAAUGAUCCCCAAUGCCGCAUCAAUCCCCGAGGUUGCAGCCAAUAUCCCGCUGCAGCGCCUUGGUACACCGGAAGAGACGGCCAACGUUGUCACGAUGUUGGUGACUACAGGUUACAUGACGGGGCAGAGCCUCCUGCUGGCUGGGGGGUUGAAAUAA